GCCAUAUUACAAAAAUGGCGCCAGCACCUGAAAAGGACGAUGGAACAAACGAUCAAGAUGAUGUGCAAGUAGAGCAGGGAUUGGCGAAAUCUCGCUCUCGUAGGGAGAAAAGGGAUAGAGGAGGACGAUCUGCAGCAUUGGAAAGGUUAAAGAAAGUAAAAGAGACAGGAGAGAAACACAAAUACGAUGUUGAAGAGGAGAAGAAUGUAUAUGACAUUGUUAAUGAAGACGAGUAUUCAGAGAUAGUGCGGCAACGCCAGGAUGAUGACUGGAUUGUGGAUGAUGAUGGGGCUGGUUAUGUGGAAGAUGGCCGUGAAAUCUUUGAUGAUGAUCUCAAUGAGGACCCAGGAGCCAACAAAGGAAAGAAAGAGGAGAAGAAGAAAAGUAAAAAUCCUAAUAUUGUGCGUCCUGGGUCCAAACCCAAAACCACCAUCAAGUCUAUGUUUGCUGCCCAGUCCUCCACAGGGGGCUCGAAGCUUAAAUCUGAGAAAGAUGUUUCAUUGGCUAAUGAUGAUUUGCUGGGUGAUCUGAUGGAGGAACUUCAUCAGGGGCCCGCUGAUGGCAUGAUGAAACCGUUACCCAUCAAGCUGAAGAAGAAAGGAUUCAGUGCCACAAAAUCUCCCUUGAAUCCAUUCAACACCAACAUACCAUCAUCAGGAGCACAGCCUGUGAAAAAGAAACCAAUAAUCAAGACAGAGCCACGAGCAGUCCCCAUCAAGUCGGAACCUCGUUCUCUACCGAGACCCAACAUCCCUGACCCUGAGGACAAUUUUGAUGAGGUAGAUGGAAUUGACAUGGGGAUGGGACCAGCAGUGAAGCAAGAAAUUGUCGAGGACCUCCCACAGUCAUCUGAAUGUCAAGAUGAAGCAGCCAUGAUGGAUCUGAAUGAUGUAGACUUUGAUGAAGAUCUUGGUAUCAAGAAAGAAGAAACUAAUGAGAAAUUGGUCAAACCAAAAAAGGAAAUAUCCAUUCCAUUUGAAACACUGUCUACAGGAUGGGAGAAAUAUCAAAAUGACUCUCAGGAGGAAUCUGUGGCAGAGGUCAAAGUUGACACAUCAGAGCUGCCAUUGGUUACUUCAUCUAAUGGGGAACAAGUCCUGCGAUUCUAUUGGCUGGAUGCUUAUGAAGAUCCAUAUAGCAGUCCAGGCACUGUUUACUUAUUUGGAAAGGUUUGGAUAGAGAAAGCCAAAGUCUACGUGAGCUGUUGUGUGACUGUGAAGAAUAUAGAGAGGAGGAUAUAUGUACUUCCCAGAUCAACAAGAAAGAACCUGAAGUCUGGCUCUGACACUGGGAUAGAUGUCACCAUGGUUGAUGUGUACUCUGAGUUCAAUGAGAAAAUAGCGGAAAAGUUCAAGAUACCAAAGUUCAAGUCCAAGAAAGUCACCAAGCAGUAUGCAUUUGAGAAGGUCGAUGUACCAGUGGAGUCCGAUUAUUUAGAGAUCAGAUUUGGGGCAGAGAUUCCACCAUUACCCAGGGAUUUGGAAGGAGAGACGUUCAGCUAUGUAUUUGGCACUCACACAUCAUGUUUGGAGCUUUUGCUGAUUGAUUCCAAAAUGAAAGGUCCUGGAUGGUUGGAUAUAAAGCUUCCUCAGAUAGUAAACCCCCAAGUUAGCUGGUGUAAAAUAGAGGUCAGCAUCAGUAAGCCCGAGUUGUUGUCAGUUGUGAACGACCAGCAGCUGACCCCGCCUCCUCUUGUCGUCAUGACGUUAAACCUUAGGACCCUUCCCAACCACAAAAAUCACCAAAACGAAAUUGUUGCAGCCACCUGUCUUGUCCAGGAAUCUUUCAGUAUCAAUAAACCUGCGCCGAAAAAUCCAUUCCAACAACAUUUCUGUGUUUUAACAAAACCAAGUGAUAGUCUUUUUCCAUUUGACUUUCGAGAGAAGCUUCAAAAAGAGGGAAAGAAAUUAAGGGUUGAAAUGCUUCCCAAUGAAAGAGCUUUAAUGGGAUUUCUUUUGGCCAAGAUUCAUAAAUUAGACCCAGAUGUCAUUGUGGGACACGACAUCUUUGGAUUUGACUUAGAUUUGAUCCUUCACAGAAUAAAUGCCAACAAAGUUCCUCACUGGUCAAAAAUUGGGAGACUCAAAAGAACCAAAAUGCCAAAAUUAUCAGGACCCGGUCAUCGAGGGUUUGCUGAUAAAACAGCAGCCUGUGGGCGACUUGUGUGUGACAUCAAAUUGUCAGCCAAGGAACUCAUCAGAUCCCGGAGUUACGACCUCACGGAACUAGCCAACGUCAUACUGAAGUCCAAGAGGCUAGAGUUAGACUAUGAUCAGAUACGCAACAUGUACAUGUCAUCGCAACAGUUACUUCAGUUACUCGAGUUAACGUUGAUGGAUUCUACAUACAUAUUGCGAAUUCUCUAUGAGUUAAAUGUUCUUCCUUUGGCUCUUCAGAUUACCAACAUCUGUGGUAAUGUGAUGACAAGAACGUUACUUGGAGGACGGUCAGAGAGAAAUGAGUAUCUACUUCUGCAUGCCUUCACAGAGAAAAAUUUCAUAGUUCCUGAUAAAGAGUACAAAAAGACUGUAGUGAAAGAGGCAAUCGAUGAUGACGAAGCAGAGGAUGGUGGGAAGGGAGGUAAAUCCAGCGGCCGACGGAAACCGGCCUAUGCUGGAGGUCUUGUUUUGGAUCCCAAGAAAGGAUUCUAUGACCAGUAUAUUUUGUUGCUGGACUUUAACAGUCUCUACCCCUCCAUUAUACAAGAGUACAACAUCUGUUUCACCACAGUUAGUAGAAACGCUGUUCAGCAGAGUGACAAGGAUGAUGAGGAGCCAAUAAUAGAGCUACCUGACAAGGACCUGGAGCCUGGCAUUCUGCCAACAGAGAUCAGAAAACUGGUGGAGAGCAGACGACAGGUCAAACAGCUGAUGAAGGGCGACAUCUCCAACGAACAGUACAUGCAGUAUGACAUCAGACAGAAAGCUCUGAAGCUGACUGCAAACAGUAUGUACGGUUGUCUGGGAUUUAGCCACUCCAGGUUCUUUGCCAAACCUUUAGCAGCUCUUAUUACAGCAAAGGGUAGAGAGAUUCUGAUGAAGACGAAAGACUUAGUGCAAUCUAUGAAUCUAGAUGUUAUCUAUGGAGACACAGACUCCAUCAUGAUCAACACUAACUGCAACGACAUUGAUGCUGUCUAUAAAGUUGGCAAUAAGGUGAAGUCGGAGGUGAACAAGCUCUACAAGCUGUUGGAGAUCGACAUUGACGGAGUGUUCAAGUCCAUGUUGUUACUGAAGAAAAAGAAAUAUGCUGCCCUCAGUGUCUCGAAAGGACCGGACGGAAAGUACGUGGAGCACAAGGAACUGAAGGGGCUGGACAUUGUCCGCAGGGACUGGAGUGACCUAGCCAAAGAGGCAGGAAACUUUGUUGUGGAACAAAUUUUGUCAGGAGAAACUCGAGAAACAAUUGUUGAAAACAUUCAUAGCAAACUGAUGGAAGUUGGAGAGAAAGUUAGAAAUGGUGAUAUUCCAAUAGAAUUGUACUACAUUACUAAGCAACUCACAAAAAACCCUGAGGAUUACCCAGACAAGAAAAGUCUACCUCACGUUCAAGUAGCUCUGAGAGUCAACAGUAAGGGAGGAAAGAAAAUGAAGGCAGGAGACACGGUGCCCUACAUCAUAUGCGCGGAUGGUUCAACCUUGGCAGCAUCACAGAGAGCAUAUCAUCCAGAAGAGCUAGCAAAGAGUAACACCCUCACAGUCGACACUAAGUACUACCUCUCCCAGCAAGUCCACCCUGUUGUGUCCAGGCUGUGUGAUCCUAUAGAGGGCACGGACGCUGCUCAUCUGGCCGAGUGUUUAGGUCUGGACCCAUCAGGUUACAAACAUACAGCCAGAUAUGAUGAAGAGGAUGAAGCUUUGCUCAAUGGAACUGAAAUUUCUGAUGAAGAGAAAUACAGAGACUGUGAGAGAUUUAAGUUUGUGUGUCCCAAUCCAUUAUGUGGUCGAGAAAUUAUUGUAGAUGCUGCCUUCACUGGAGCUGGGGAGUGGACAGAAUGUGCAAUUGGUUUUUGUCCAAAUAAGGAAUGCAAGAAAAAACUAGAUGAGUAUACUCCUUACAUCUGUAACAGACUACGCAUGGACAUUAGAAGGCACAUACAGAAAUAUUACCAGGGGUGGCUAAAAUGUGAAGAUGCGGCGUGUGGAACAGUGACCAGAAGAGUUCCCCUGAUCUUCCAGAGAAGUCAUCCUGUGUGCCACGCCUGUCAUCGGGGGCUUCUCCACCCACUGUAUACAGACACCAUGUUGUACACACAGCUCUGCUUUUAUGAACACAUCUUUGAUGCUGAUAAAGCUCUCAAGUCCAUGGCAGAUGGCACAGAAAAAAAUUCAGCUAUGACAAAAUAUAAAAAUAAUGAAAAAGCAACAUACCUGUAUGGGCAGCUGAAAGACUUGGUGUCUGGAGUGAUAAGGAGAAACGCAUACUCGGAAGUCAAUUUAGACAAGUUAUUCCAGAGCACUUUUCAACUCAAAGCAAGAAAUCACCAAUUGACUGGAUGAUACUAAGUGGACACCCUUCUGUUAUACAAACCUAAUGAACAACUUAUUUAUCAAAUGAAGUUCUCCCAUGAACAAGUAAAUUCUUGAUUUGACAUUAAUGUACUGUGGAGGUGUAAUAUUUACCAGUUUCACUGGUACUCUGACACACUCCCAAUAUCUCAAACAUUGUGUAAUUUUUACACUUUAAAUGAUUAUGAUUUGACUGAUAUUUUUAUCAAUAUUGUGCAUGUAUAAGUGCAGUUAGAAAUAAAUUAUUUCACCUAU